AUCGCGUUCUCCUCGUGUGUUCUACUUGAUCAACCUCGCUAUUUCCUGACUGCUCGCUAUCUGCUACAAUAUUGAAUCUUUGACGUACUUCUUAAUAUGACUUCUAUCUCUUCUCUGAGAUCAGGCAUUGACGCCUUGGAUCUCAAAAAUGGCAACGCAGACGUGCUCAAUUCGCCGUCUGGAUCCUCAGCGCCUUCGAUCCCGCAGUUCACUUUCAACUUUGACAGGCUGAAAAGACAGAUGGAUAUCUUCCAAGCAAAAUUUGACGAGUUUGUUGCCAACGACCGGAAAAAGAUCCUGGAGGAUAGAAAUGCGUUCGAGCAGGAGAUUCAGGAGGGGAAAGAAAAGGAAACCGAGAUGCUUAAUCAGAUUCGAUGGUACAAGGAGAAAGAAGAGGAGAUAUCUGAAGAAAUGGCGCGCGAGCAGCAGGAAGUUUUAGAGACCGAGCAGUCAAUCUCGGAAUUCACUCGCAAAAAGCAAGAACUUGCAGUUCUUCGAGAUGCCGUGGUCAAACAGAUAUCAGAGGUGCAGCAGAUGCUAGAGAAGGCGCGAGAGGAACGGUCUAAAGAGCGGUCCAAGAUCUUGGCUCAGUCAUCUUUGAAUGCUCCGGAGCUUGCUUUCUGGGAACAGAAUCUUGGUAUGCGUAUCGAGGGUGUCGACGACGACUAUCUCAAAAUCAUAUUCACUCUCAUCAGCGAAGCCAACUGGGACAAGGAGUAUUACGUUGUUGUCGAUCUCACGUCUGUUGAUUACGAAGUCUCAAAGUGCGAGCCUAGUCUCAACAAAUCUGUGUUGGAACGAAUCGUCAAUAGAUUGAAUGAGACAAGAGACUUUGCGCGCUUCCUCAAAGAGGUUCGCAAUGCGUUCAAGGAAAGCGGGCUGUGAUGAGCAGUUUGACGAUGAGAGCUGAUGAUCUUUAAUGGUUGGUUAGGUGUGGUUAUUUUCGGAUAUUGUAUAAAAUACAGGGUACUUCCUCUUUGGUUUUUUUUUAAUGCACAAGGUAGCAUUGUGGCCAUGUAACCCACGUACUCCGUGUAAAAUAUCAGUGUAGUAGAAACGAUCCGAGCAAUAUCAAGCAUAUAGAACCAGUCCCGAAUGACUAUUCAAUCCAG